AUGUCGUCUGCUACAUCUUUCUUCGACUUUGAGCCUGUCGAUAAAAAGGGCGCACCCUUCCCCCUUUCCUCGCUGAAUGGCAAGGUCGUGUUAGUCGUGAACACAGCCUCGAAAUGCGGCUUCACACCCCAGUUUGAAGGUCUAGAGAAACUCUACCAGGACCUGAAGGCCCAGUAUCCUGAUGACUUCACCAUCAUCGGAUUCCCGUGCAACCAGUUCGGCAGCCAGGACCCUGGCUCGGACGAUGAGAUCCAGUCUUUCUGUCAACUCAACUACGGCGUCACGUUCCCCGUGCUCGGGAAACUGGAUGUGAACGGCGCUAACGCUGCACCUGUUUGGACUUUCCUGAAGGAGCAGCAGCCUGGGAUCAUGGGCAUGAAGCGCGUUAAAUGGAACUUUGAGAAGUUCCUCGUCUCUGCCGAUGGUAAGGCUGUUAACCGCUGGGCUUCUCUUACCAAGCCCGAGGGACUUAAGGAUACCAUUGUUAAGGAGAUCGAGAAGGCGAAGAAGGAGGGCACGCUUGCUUCGCUGAAGAAGAGUGAGGCUGGUGCUGAGCAGGCUAAGCUGUCCUGA